GUUGGCCGCGUGGGGUGGCCAUCGCCCGGCGCCUAUCGCUGCUGCUAUCAGCACCAUCAGCGCCAAGCUCAUCGACACUCCUCCGGCCCCCUUCCAGGAAGCUUCCCGCGCUGCCUGAGCCUGCCUUCGAGCUACUACACUCAACUAA